GCCUAGUCCAGCCUCUAGCAUACCCUCUAUCGAUUCCACCCUUGCUUCAACCACACAGGAGAAGGCAUGUAUGUAGGCCCGUGGAAAUUGGGCACCUUCCCAUUGUCGAACUCUCCCCCUGUCGUUUCUCCUCAAUUUGCCUCCCUGCGACAACACUCCCUGUCCUCCAUGCUUGCCGUCCUACAAGGUGUGUAACAGGAUAUUUGAAACAUGCAUGCCAUGCUGUUGCGGGCCGCGUCCGAUCCUGAUCGUUUCCCUCACAUGGCGACCAUAUGGAACUGACUGACUUCCUUGCAUGAGCAAAAAUAUCCGAUUCUUUUAUACCAGGAAGUAAGAUCAGUCUCGCGACAUAUCUGCGACCAUCAGUGUCUCUAUCAACUGCUGUGUGACAAGUAAAAUAAGAAAGAAAAGGAGGAAAAUUAAGAAAGAUAGAACACCAUGGAUGAGACGCGGUUGGAAACAGCACUGGGCCACAAGCAGCAGCUUGUGCGCAGGUUCGAUCUCUUCAGUUUGACCAGUCUGGGCAUCGUCAUCGCAAAUUCGUGGGCAUCAACAGGAGGCACCAUAGUAUCGGCCCUGCAAAAUGGCGGCCCCAUGGCGAUCCUAUACGGCCUCAUCCUAGUCAGCAUCUUCUACACCCUGAUCGCGGCAUCACUCUCCGAGCUGGCAUCGUCCAUGCCCUCCGCCGGUGGCGUCUACUACUGGUCCUCCGUGCUGAGCCGCAAGCACGGUAAAGUGGUGGGCUUCUUCACGGGGUAUCUCAAUGCGACGGCAUGGCUCUUGUCGGCGUCAUCUAUCUCCUCCAUGCUGGGCAACGAGCUCGUCGCGAUGCAUCUGUUACGCCAUCCAGAGGUAGAAUUCCACCCGUGGCAGGUGUUUAUCGCCUUUCAGGGCCUCAACUGGACAUGCUGCGCUAUUGUCUGCUUCGGGAACCGCUUCGUCCCGUGGAUUAAUCGCAUUGCGCUGUGUCUGUCUAUGACCGGCCUGGUCGUCACGGUGCUCGUCCUCGCUAUCAUGCCUAAACGACACGCCAGCAGUGCGGACGUCUGGACCACAUACCACAAUAACACCGGCGGCUGGUCCGACGGAAUCUGCUUCAUGACGGGGCUUAUUAACGCGGCUUUUGCAGUUGGUGUUCCGGACUGUAUCAGCCAUCUUUCUGAAGAAAUCCCCAACCCCCAACUCCACAUCCCGCAAGGCAUGCUCCUCCAAAUGUUCACAGCCUUCACAACAGCCUUCCUCUACGUCAUCGCCCUCUUCUACUCCAUCUCCGACCUCCCCGCCGUCCUCAACAGCCGCAUCGCCGUCUUCCCCACCGCCGAAAUCUACCGCCAAGCAACAGGGUCCAACGCAGGCGCAACAGGCCUCACAGCCGUGCUCUUCCUCGCAACCUUCCCGACCCUCAUCGGCACGCUCGUCACAGGCGGCCGCAUGUGGUGGAGUCUCGCCCGCGACGACGCAACCCCCUUCCCAACCUUCUUCAAACACAUCGACCCCGUCCACGAGACCCCCGUGCGCGCCACCAUCGCCGUCAGCGCCAUGGUCUCCUGUCUGGGCUGUAUCUACGUAGGCAGCUCCACCGCCUUCCAGGCGCUCAUCUCAUCCUUUAUCGUGCUCUCCACGCUAUCCUACCUCGGCGCGAUCCUGCCUCACGUGUUAACGGGGAGACGGAAUAUCGUGCCCGGCCCGUUCUAUAUGGGUCAUGGACUCGGCAUGAUCGUUAAUGUCGUGGCUGUGCUGUAUAUUGUUGUCACGGUCGUGUUCUUCUGCUUCCCGCUUGUGAUGCCUGUGACUGUGCAGAAUAUGAACUACACGAGUGUUAUUGCUGUGGGGUUGAUGGCUUUGACCGCUGUGUGGUGGGUUGUUCGUGGGAGGAGGGAUUAUCGGGGCCCGCAGUAUAGUAUGGAGGCCGCGCAGGAGUUGGCUAAGGGGGAGUAAACUUAUUCUAUGUAGGUAGUUUAGCAGGGAGUUGGUAGUCUGGGGUUGGGUCUUGUUUGUGCAUAUGCUGUUUUUUUUUAUUUUUUAUUCGAGGGUACGCAGGUUGUCGAAGGUUGCCUCUUUAUUCUGGGGGAUUGUCUUUUGUUUGUGUAUAUGCUGUUUGUUAUCCGAGGGGUAUGCAUAGGUAAUUUGGAAGAUUAUCUCGUUUUGUAUAUGCAGUUUGUUGAUCCGUGCAAAUAAUUCCUCUUUUUU